AUGAAGCUUUCAGCACUUUGCCUUGGAUCUUUUGCUUCGGCCCAGCUGACUGAUUCAGGUUGUGAUCGAAUCAACGGUCAAUGCCUUGACUGGAGAUACUACAAGUGCACCGCCGGUUACGAGUCCGGCCUCUGCUCCGGCGACAACAACCGAAAGUGCUGCAAGAACUGCAACAGCACCUGCCAAUGGCAAGAGAGCCAGGACGCCAAGGGCGACUCAAAGUGCGAAAACGCUGGCGGCAAGUGCCAGCACAACACCAACUACUGCUCCGGCUCGUACCAGGGUGGCAUGUGCGGCGGUAGCAGCGAACGACAGUGCUGCGGCGCUUCUGGCUCCGGCGGCGGUGGAGGAAACUGCAACUUGGUCACUUACACCAACACCCACUUGAAGGGCUACAACGGCCUUCGAGUCGAGGUCGACGCUGGCUUCAAGGGCGAAAUGGACAAGAUGAACCGAUACGCAAAGGACUGCAACGUCACCAUCUACGUCACGCAUGCUUUCCGAAAGGAAGGUCAGAACAUCGGAGGCACUGUCGUCCCACCAGCGAGCAACUCGAACCACUUGGUUGGUCAUGCCAUCGACUUCAACCUCCAGACCCCUUCUGGAUGGUGCAACGGUGACUGCUUGGACUGGGAGACCAACUCCUACGCUAGAUGCUUCACUAACAAGAUCAAGGCCGAUUCCGUCCUCGACUGGGGACAAAUGUUCAACGAUCCCGUCCACAUCGACGACUACUUGAACGGCCGAAACCCAUCGAAAUGGAACACUCUGUACUACCAAAACCAGGCCUGCUAA